AUGGAGAGAGGACUGACGGAGCUACCUCCCGUGCCUUCCAUCCGCUUCCAUCGCUUGCUUCGACAUCUCAUCAGGCCUCCAGCAGCCAGCAGGGUGCAGCAGAUCGAAAGCACAGAGGCCUUUCAGCAAGCCCUGGCAGCUGCAGCAGAUAAACUUGUUGUUGACUUCUCAGCCACGUAUUGUGGGCCUUGCAAAACGAUCAAGCCUUUCUUUCAUUCCCUAUGUGAUGACUGCCAGGAUGCUGCUGCAGAUUGUGAAGUCAAGUGCACACCAAGCUUCCCGUUGUUUAAAAAGGGGGAGAAGGUGAGUGAGUUUUCUGGCGCUAAUAAGGAAAAGCUUGAAGGUACCAUUAAUGAGUUAGUCUGUUUUCUGAAGAAUGUAACUAUCAGCUAUUUAAAACUUAUUUCUUUUGCUUUACAAAAAAAGAACCGGGAUGUGGGCGCCGGCCAGGGGACAUGCGGGCUUCCGCCAGCAGAGGGCGCGCUCGCAGCAGCCUUCGCGCCCGCGGGCUUCCCGGUCCCGCGCACGCUCCCGAGCGCGCCCCCGCCCCGCGUCACGUGA